AUGUACUAUCCGCCGGAGAAGGACGUUUUCUUCCCGGCCUAUCCGCAUCAUCAGGACCAGGAUCCGUUUGGCUUCUACGGGUAUCCAGGGACCGAGCAGUACUCUUUUGAAAAUCAUCAGUUCGAAGGAACUGUGGGACCGAUGAGAGGAGGAGCUUACGACGUCGCGCAAAGAGAACGCAGUGAGUCUUAUUCAAACUCGUGUAUCUCCGCUGCCCGUAGAGUAAUCAAAAAGUGGUCAACGGAUAAGAUGUACAUAAUUUCUUUAUGAGCAAUUUGUUAGUUGACAAAUUUUUCAUAUCUCCACCGGUAACUGAGAUAUAUUCAACCAUUUUCAGUCCAUUCUCAUUCUACGGCUCCGUAUUCAGUUCCACACACAGACUAUGCAUAUCAAAGUGAGUUUUUUGACGAAUUCCUAAAGCAACGAAAUAAUUAUUGUUUCAGACAAACCGAACACUCCCAAUCAGGACGAAGACAGUCCGUUCGACCUGAAAUCUCUUUGCCAUCAAGUUAAAUCGACGAUGUUAUUUGACAGGGUCACUCAGAAGAGGCUCGGCAGACAACUGCUCGGAAUGGGCCAAGGGACCGUAUCCGAGAUGCUCAAGAAUCGGAAGACGUGGCAGGAAUUGACGCGAAAAGGACGGGAAGCCUACAAAACGAUGCGCGAGUGGGUCAACGCUUCCCAGGAGGAUCGGCGCCGGAUGCUUGAACGGGUGGGGCCGGAGCCGGAGCCAAAGCCGAGGGGCGAGAAGAAGAAACAAGCGCGGACCGUGUUCACUGACGAGCAGAAGACGGUGCUCAAGGAGGCUUUCCAGAGGUUCCAGAAGCCGAGUGCGGAGCAAGUGAGCCGGCUGGCCGAGCAACUGGGACUCGAAGAAGCCGUCGUGUACUUGCACUUCCAGAACGCUCGAAGACUCGCAGUCGCUCACAGUUAUUGGCGAAAUUAA